AAAAAAAAUUUACUUUUUUCUGAUUUUGGAUGAUUAAUGGUUAAGCACGUCCUUAAUCUGAAAGGGGAUCCCAGAAGGCAAGCAAAAAUGAACGGAAUGGAUAAUUCUGCCAUGGGAUUUGUACAAGAUAAAGCCGGCGAUAGUGAUUCCGACACGAACUCCGAUGAGGCUUUCGAUUACUACCAGCCAAUCUCAACCGUAACCGCCGGCGAUGACGAUGGAGCUCUCUCCGACCAAAAUUCUGAUGACGACGAAGUCAACAAUCACUACUCUAAUUUCCAUCCUCUGUCCAAUGGCUACGCGUCGGGACAUUGCAUGGGGAACGGAUUUUCAUCGCUUGAUCUGAGCGAUGAAGACGAAGAAGAAGAGAGGAGUAGGGAGACUUCUGAAUCUGAGAGGGCAAUAGAGAGAGCGUUCAGAGAGGACGAGAGACGGCGUCAAGCUCCUCUGACGUCUGAGAAUGCCAGCAGAGUGAUGGAGGCCAUGAGGGGAGUGUCGUUUGGCGGGUUUACUCCGGACUGGGCGGGUCGGAUCCCCGAGGAUCGGUGGAUCGAUCAGCUCCGAAGAUUAAGACAAUCACCAUCCACUGGUACUGGUACUGAUACUGAUACUGCUUCUUCUACAAUGAGAGUUGAAUGAGUGAUUUUGACGCUCGUCUACCGUUUGAUGAAUUGUCUGAAAGAUCAAAUUUAUUUCAGUGAUAGGUUUAUCCAAAAUAUGCUGCUACUUAGUGUGGAUUUAUCCCUAUGAUAUGCAUUUUGAGUCCAGUUUGCUAAUUUCUUGUUUGAUCACUGAAUUUGGGUAGAUUCUAACAAUAACUUUUAUCUACAUUAAUUUGAAGUUCAACUUGAGAUCUAA